UGCUGCUGCCAGGUCCAGAGUCUCUCAUGGGUCCCUGUAGCGGCCUCCCAUUGCUGCUGUCUCCAUCGCCACACUCCUGCCAUGUGCCACUUUCAGGUCUCCUCACACUGUUGGUGUGUUCGCAUUUUUUGUCAUAGGGUGCUGGCAGAUUACGGGCCUCCAUAGCUGCUGCCAGGGCCCUAAUCUGCCAUGGGCCCCUAUACCGCCUCCUCAUGCUGCUGCCAGGUCCAGAGUCUCUCAUGGGUCCCUGUACGGCCUCCCAUUGCUGCUGUCUCCAUCGCCACACUCUGCCAUGUGCCACUUUCAGGUCUCCUCACACUGCUGGUGGUUUCCAUUUUUGGUCAUAGGGUGCUGUAUGGCCUCCCCAUUGCUGCUGCCUCCACCGCCACACACAGUGGCUCCACACUCUGGUUUUGGCCCCGUGACUGCCCAAAUGAGGUGAAGUGUGCGGUGAUUCUAAGAUCGACGGCACUCAUCUGCAUGUCAUAC